GUUCUGCUGAGUUUUGAUGCAGAGUCUCUGCACAAGAUCAAGUUAGGAUGUGUUAGUUAUCCCGUGAGAGUUUUUGUUCCCGAAAAUACUACAGUGUUAUAGGUGCCAAGCUUAUGGUCGCAGCAGUGUGUAGGAGGAAGAUUCCUAGAUGUUAGAAGAGUGCAGGAGGGCAUGAGAUUAAGGAUGUGUAGUAUCGGUGGAGAAAGUUGUGUGUGUAAACUGUGGGGGUGCCCAUGGCGCUGGAGAUCGGAGGUGUCCGGUGAGAGAAAGGCAGGUUGAGGUUUCCAGGCGUCAGAGUAGUACAGAAAGUGUCAUAUGCUGAAGCAGUGAAGAAAGUUGUAGAGAAAGAUGGGUGCAGGGUGAGAGAUCCUGAGGGGAUUCCUGUGAGUAGGCAGAGACCAAUAGAGAGGGAUGGAUGGGAAUAACAUGUGCUUCAGUAAGGUAGGUUUCUUAGCAUUCAUAGGCAUGGUUGUCAACUGUACUGUAGAAGUGGAACAUAAAUCACAGAAAAUAAAGGUGGUGAUGGCAGCUGCAGAGAAGUACUUAGGAUUGUGAGGUUGUACUGCAGAAGAUUUGCAGGGGGUGUUGAGUGGUAGUGUUCUGUCCUCCCAGACCAUUGGCCUAGAGUAGGAUUAAAUAUUGGAAAGGGGUGGUGAGUUUUUUAGUGAGGGUUAAUAUUUGGCAGGGUAAUGUUCCUUUUUUCCCAAUUUUGUAUUACCGGAAGUUAAUGUAGGUAGGCCGUGACUGGCCUCACACUCCAGUACAGUAGGUGGCAGUGUAUUCCCGUUAAAGUUGGUUGCGAUCCGCCAACCCAAUACCGAAGAAGAAUGGACAAAAGUAAUGGUGAAGCAUGGAAUGAAAAAUAAGUGUCGAUAAUUGAAGGGGAUGAUAGUAUAUCAGACAAGGAUUCGUUUCUUGUUGGGAUGCGAUUUUUUGAAAAGGGUGAUUAUCUGGGAAAUCAGUUUGGCGUCUCGAAGACGGUAAAUCGUAGCCUGUUAGGAAAAGUUCAAUCAAAUCAGAGUGACCAGGCGUGGGCUUGUCCCUGAUUAUGUCUCAGGAACAGGGCAGUGGGCCUCACAAGAAUCGAGUCACCCGAAGUAUCAUGCUUCAAACACUGGAGUAUGGGUAGGGCACCUGUUUUAAGGGAGUUAUCUCUGGGUUGUCAAUGGAAAUUGAGGAAAACCUUGCGAAAGGAAUCCUUUGCGACAAGAAUCCCAGGUGUAGUUAGUGCCCGUCACUUGACCCGCAUGGUGGAUGGAAGAACAUUUGUCGGUUCUAUUUUUUUGGAAUGAUGUCACCUUUUACGUUACAUUAAAAAAAAAACAUUUUUAAAAAACAUUCUCAUCUAUCUACACACAAUACCGCAUAAUGACAAAGCAAAAACCUAAAUACCUUAUUUACAUACUGUAAUUAUUCAGGCGCUUUAGCAGCGGUGUCUGCUCAGUUUGGGAGCUGCGCGAGAGGUAGAGGGAGAUGCCCGUGUGCUUCGCGGUUUACCGGAUAUUUUUCUGCUGUGUUGUUGAAGAUCACUGCGACCCACACGCUGCAGCGCUGUCGUUCAAGCCACUGACUUGUUAUUCCCACUCGCCAUCACGAAAUGGUCUCAUGCUAGCCACAAGUUCUGACUGAGCUCAAUCGUCAUAAAACGCAAAUACAGUGAUUACUUUGUCUCUUUCAUACAAACUUUGAGAAAUAACGAGGAGUGCCCACAAUGUGUUUUGUGUGGGGAAGUGCUUAGAAAUGAGCCUCUCAUAACGAACAAGUUAAUAAAACGACACGACUGUAAACCCAGUGAGUUCUUUCAGAACAGGGCAGAAUGCUUCAGGAAACAGUGCUUCGAAAGUGGAAAAGCUCCAAUAUGGUGAAGGAGUUUGAGAGUGUGGAGCUGGGAGACAUGCGGAUGAAAAAGCAGAAGGUGCCCCGUAGAACGAUUUACUUUGCCAGUGGCGAGACCAUGGAGGAAUACAGCACAGAUGAAGAUGAGGAAGUGCAAGUUUCUAUCGCUGUUAAGACCUCAGCUGACCCGUCCAAGUUGAAUUGGGGUCCAUACUUUUGGUUUUACAUGUGGAGAGUGGCAACCUCUACUAUUUCAGUUUGUGACUAUCUUGGGGAGAGAAUGGCAUCAUUGUUCGGAAUUACCUCACCCAAGUACCAGUAUGCUAUUGACGAGUACUACAGAAUGAAAAAGGAGGAGGAUGAGGAGGAGGAGGAGAACCGGCUGUCUGAGGAGGCAGAACGUCAUUUUGAAGAAGAGCACAACCAGGAGAUCCAGCAGCCAGCCAUGGAGCAGCCGGAGGGCAAAGCCUCCUUUGUCAACGUCAGCUUCGAGCUGGACCAAGAUCCCACACCUGAUGCCAACCGAUGUCCUGCCCCCAUCCCCACUUAACAGUUCAAUUAAAUAGGUGUUUCCAUUUUUCUCAUUUCACGAUGUAGCCUCCUCAGCCUUUUUUUGUUGCUAAAGCAUAGAAUUCUUAUUUUUAUCAUAUUGAUUUGAUAUAGUGUAGUUUUCUUAUCUUUGCCUAAAUGAUCAUGUUCUAUGUAAGUCACAGAUUUAAAAAAUAAUCAUAUAUAUAUAUUUUUUUUAGUUGCUGCGUUGUAAAUAUACAUUAACUUUUGUUUGCAAUGAACAUUGCUGUGCUGUGUGUCAGUGACAAUGAAUGAGCACACGGAUGAUAUCUGAUGCUGGUUAGCUAUUUCCAGGUUUAAGAAAUGUAUUUUAUUUUUUCAGGUACAUAAUAACAUUGUUAUACAGUAAGUUAUUUUCAGCAAGAUAAGUUACCUUUUUCUAAAACCAUUCCAGAUGUGCACAAUGUUAUGGAAUAGUACAGAUUUAUUUGACUGGAAAAUUAUUUAUAUUCAUGGCCAACCAUGAAAAUCUAUUUUCAUUUCAGAAUGCCCACAAACAUGUUACUGUUAGAAUAUGUCCCCAGGCCUUUAAUGUAAUAACUUCACACGUUGCUCAUUGGCAACUGUGCAAAGACUUUAGACAUUACUGUUGUCCAGGGCUAUAUAUUUAGAAAUACAGUGAGCUCCAAAGGUAUUGGGACAGUGACCAUUUGUUGUUUUGGCUCUACUCCAGCACUUUGAAUUUUAAAUGAUACAAUGACUGACUUUUUGUACAUGGUCCCCUAAAAUGGGGGAACUAAAAGUACUGGAACAAAUUCAAUGUAUUUGGUCCGAUAUUCCUAACACAAAUUGGGCACAAAAUAAUCUGAAACACACACAAAACAGCAAAUGACUCCAACGAGUUUGUAGAGUCAUACGCUUGAUGUAAUCAUUGUGUGCUAAGAAUAUGGGACAAAAUAAACUUUUGACAACUUGGAUACACACGUGAAUUUGUCACAAUACUUUUAAGCCCCUAAAAUGGGGGGGGGGAGACCAUCUACAAAAAGUGCUGUCAUUUCUAAACUGGUCAUAUGGAUGAAAAUACCUUCAAUUUAAAGCUGACAGUCUGCAUCAAAAGUCCUGGAGUACAUAGCCAAAACAAAAACGUUUCACUGUCCCAAUACUUUUGGAGCUCACUAUCUCUGCUAGAGCUGACCUUAUCUGCUAUUGUCCAUUCUCAGUGUACAGGGCUUGAAAGGGAUGCCUAAGGUAAAGCCAAACAUGUUAAAAUUGGCUACUCUCUUUAGGAACGCAGUAUUGUCAAGAUAACUACUUUUUACCGUGUGUAAAAUUGCCCAAAGAGUUUGAAAUGCCAAGAGACACUUUAUUAAGACAGAUGCUAAACUAUUUAGUUUCACACUCUACUGUACUAUGUACACACAAGGAAAGAAAAUCUUAAGAGUCCAACAUACUGAAAAACACAUUUUCUAAUUUAUUAAUGGAAACCGGUUUCAUUUGAAAACUUAUUAUAAUAAUUUGAGUAAAAUAUAGUAUUUUCUUUUUCUAUAUGAACUGUACAUUAAACAUUUAACUGUCUUGCCAAGUC